AUGCUUAUUCCCAAGCAAAACCGCAAACUCAUCUACGAAAGUCUGUUCAAGGAGGGUGUCUUGGUGGCCAAAAAGGACUUUAACGCGCCAAAACACCAAGAUAUUGAUGUUCCAAAUUUACACGUGAUUAAAGCAUGUCAAAGUCUAAAUUCAAAAGAAUACGUGAAAACACAAUUCUCAUGGCAGUACUAUUACUAUUCAUUGACCAAUGAGGGUAUAGAGUAUCUUCGUGAAUAUCUGCAUUUACCGUCGGAAAUUGUUCCAGCUACUUUCAAGAAACAGGCUCGUCCUGCUGCUGCUGGUGGAAGAUCUCCUCGGGAGGAAGGAGGUCGUGGUCCUCAAACUCGUGAUCGUGGUGAAUAUCGUCGCAAUUUUGAAGGUGUCACUGAAACUAAUAAGUCUAAUAAGGACGGUGCCACCGGUGAUUAUAAUCCAUCAUUCAAACCUGCUGGAAUAGGUCGGGGUAGAGGUCGUGCAGAAUAA